CAGAUAUAAAGUCUCUAAAUACGUAUAUGCUAUGUAUUAGAGACAAUUUACAUAAAUCAAUAUCUUAAAUAUAUAUUGCUUCAAUUAGUUUGAUGGAGGAUCCAUAUCAAUUACUGUAUCUUUGCAACUUGUGUUGACAACUUGGUAAGAAAAUUUAUAAUUAUUGUAUUACGUAUUACCAUUAACAGUAUUUCUGUAUUACCAUUAACGAUUUUGCUGAUAGCUGUCACUUUUAUGACACAUUUAAUGGUAAAACAGCCAAAAAAGAUCAAAUGUCAAAUAAUUUACAGUAAAUGUAAAUAAUUACAUUAUUCAGCAAAUAGGAUAUUAAAGCCUGAAUAAAAAAGACAUGUCAGAUCAAGGGAAAGAGGAAAGUCUUUCAACAUCUGGUUCUGGAAAAAGACUCACUGAAAUCCGAAUAAUAUUGACUGGGGGUCGGGAGUUAUUUGGACGAGAAGAAAGUGGAAAAAGUUCAACAGGAAACAUUAUUCUGGGCAGAAAUGCUUUUGUUGUUGGAAAAAGAACUGCUCGGUCUGUUAAAGCAGAUGCUGAAGUACACGGAAGACACGUUACUGUGGUUGACACUCCAGGCUGGUGGUGGCACUAUGAUGUGGAGGAUACCCCAAAGUUUGAUAGAAUGGAAAUCAAAAGAAGCUCAACACUGUGUCCACCUGGACCUCAUGUCUUCCUUCUGGUCAUUCCUGUAGAUUCUGGCUUUAAAACAAUCUACAGAACCGCUCUGCAGAAGCAGCUUGAGUCUUUGUCUGAGAAAAUCUGGGGAUACACUAUUGUGUUGUUUAGCUCUACUUCUCCACAUGAUAAAGCUACUUUUAAAAACAGUUUAAGAUUAUGUCCAGACCUCCUGUGGCUUCUAAAAAUGUGUCAGAACAGAUACCAUUUCCUUAACAUUAACAGCAUUGAUGACAGCUUACAAGUGACCACUCUGCUGGAAAAAAUUGAGGAAAUGGUAGCAAAAAACAAUGGCAACUAUCUUGUAAGUAUUCCUGCAGAGGAUUUGAAAAAGAAUACCACUGAGGAAAAAGUCAAACCAAAAAAUCUUUUUAGGAAAAAAGAUCGAACUGAACUCCAAGCACACAUUAAAAAGCAACAUCUAACUGAUAUACACAUUGUGAUACUCGGUGCAUCAUGGGAUUCAAAGAGCUCUGCAGGCAACCUCAUUCUGGGUGAAGAUGUGUUUGAUGUUGACGAGUCAAGAACUACAGUGUCCUGUGCAGUACGCCAAGCUCAAGUACAUGGGAGGAAGCUGACAGUGGUGGACACUCCAGGCUGGUACUGUUACAAUUCACUUGAAAAGACAUCAGAGAUGGACAAAUUGGAGAUUAGACGUAGUGUGUAUCUGUGCCCACCUGGCCCACAUGUUAUUCUCUUAACUAUACCCAUUGCCAUAGCAUUUAACAAAUUGUACCAAAUAGCUGUGGAGGAACAUAUGAGUCUUUUUGGGAAGAAGGUCUGGAGCCAUACAAUCGUGCUGUUCACGAGAGGAGACUGGCUUGGAGAUACAACCAUUGAGGAACGUACUGAAGAAGAAGGAAAGCAUCUUGAGUGGCUAAUGGAACAAUGUGGGCACAGAUACCAUGUGUUUAACUGUAAACAGUACACUGACAGCACACAAGUCACAGAACUCCUUGAGAAGAUCGAGGACAUGGUGAUGGAAAACAACGGCUGUCAAUAUGUACCAGAAAUAGAAAACAAUCCAUCUACUGAGCUCGAACUGAAGCUGAAAACUGGCAAAACAAAUAUGAUGAAAGUGAGCAAGAAAAAACAGAUCCUUCAUGAGCUGCUGAAGGAGAACACUUUCUCGGAUGUGAGAAUUGUGCUUCUUGGACUUGAAGGGGCUGGAAAAAGUAUGUCAGGCAACAUCAUUCUAGAAGGACAUUUUUUUGAGGACAAAUUGGCAGAGUGUGUGAUGCAACAGAAGAAAGUUGAGGGAUAUCAAGUCUCUGUGGUUAAUACACCAAACUGCUCAGAAUUUACACUGGAAAAUGCAAAAGAAAUUUUUCGCAGUGUGAAGGUUUGCUCACCAGGCCCACAUGCAUUCCUGCUAGUGCUACCUCUGCGUGUGUCUUUUACAAAGAAAGCUCAACAAACAGUGGAAGAUAUCAUGAAUCUUUUUGGGGAGAAUGUAUGGAGACAUACUGUGGUUGUAUUCAGUUAUGGACACUGGUUGAAGGACAGACCAGCUGAAGAAUACAUUGCAUGUGAAGGAGAAGCCUUGCAAGAGUUGGUGAGGAAGUGUGGAAACAGAUAUCAUGUGCUAGUUAAUACAUGGAGUAGUAGAUCUCAAGUUAAAGAUUUGCUUGGGGUGAUUGAAGUAAUGGUGGCAAGAAACAGAGGUGAAUACUUCAGUCUAAAAAAGGAAGAAAGCAAGCCACCAACAAAGACACUGACUGAAGACGAGUGGAAUAAACGUGAGGAUGAGCUCAUAGAGAAGAUGCUGGAGGCAGCCAUAAUGGAUCUAGACACAGAAUGGAACAAGCCAUCUGCAAAACGAAGGAACAGCAUUGAUCGAUCGAUAAACUUGAGUGAAGAUUCAUUAUCUGACAGCAACAGUGCAGCAGGAGCUGACAAUCUGCUUUACAACUCUGCUGCCAAAGUAUGUCAGUGGUUAAGACAUCCUAAACAUCAUGCUGCAUCAUCUGGACAUGACACCAUGAGCAUUACUUCGAGUUAUAUGGGGAUAAAUGAACAGGGUCAUCAAGAUCUGAAGAUGGAAAGUGAUGAAAAAGAUGCAAAAGACACUGUCCCAGAGACAUGAACAUUAUGAAAUAAGCCAGUGAUACUAUUUUAUUUUACAUUCUGAAAUCUUGACAUAAAUUCAAUGAGUGUAUUAUGUUUGAUAGAUGAGAGCUACACAAUUAAAAUUUGUAAGUUAGGUUUACACACACACACACAAACACACAAAUGCUUUGGGUUAACAACUGCCAGUGUACCAGAUUCUUUGAUUGGCUGUCUGUUUUCAGUGAAUUUGACAAAUGAGCUGGACUAGUUUGGACAGGACUUGCUACUGUAUGUCUGUUCAAGAUAUGCAUUCCUGGUCUGUCUUCAUUGUAUAUUUGAGUGACACAAAAUAUAGAAAUGCAGUUCCAAUUCACCGUGCACACUUUUUAGAGUUUGCUCAAAUAGGUAGCGAGUAAGGGGUGCAACACCAGUCAUCAGUGCAUUUAGAAGAUAAAAUCUUGAAGAGAUGCUCCUGGGAUCUUGUGACAGAGAAUAAAUGCUGUAAUCAUCA